AUGGGAUUGCUGGGCGGUACUUCAAGCUCCUUGAAGUCCUUUGUGCGGAUUUUGGAGGAGGAAGAGGCGGAAAUGCUGGGGCGUGAGGGGAGGGAGCGCGCCGGUCUCGUCAAGUGGUCACAGGCCUCUGGGGCCAUGUGGCUGCACAUGCUCCUCUCUUCUGGCCUUAAUGGUUAUUGUGCAGCUUCUCUUUUACGCAGUUCGUUCGGUGAGACGAGAAACGACAAGGGAUUAUUGCGCAAGGUGGGCUCCGUUCGUCCUAUACCGUUCUUCCUCCACUUCUAUGUCGCGUGGAAGAGGCUGGGGCCAAUAAGGAAGGAGGUAUAA